GAAGAAGAAGUAUAACCUCCUUAACUUCAUAAAUGAUCGUUUUAUCAUUCAAAUCAUACUAUAACACUGAACAUGUUUUUAAAAAGUCAACUAGCGUUUUUAAUGAAAACACAUGUUAACCAUAAACAAAUACGACACGUGAGUUUAAAAAGAAUUGGUACGUGGUACUCAUCAUUGGUGAAGCCCAAAAAUGCGGGACCACCUUACAAACACAUUGUACAAAUUGGUGAUCCAAUUUUGAGAUCUCCGGCCGAUAAAGUUCCUGCCGAUUUAAUCAAGUCUGAAGAAAUUAGCCUGUUAAUAAAACUUAUGAAAAAGGUGUUAAAACUGCAUGAGUGUGUGGGUUUAUCUGCUCCUCAAAUUGGUGUACCCUUACAAAUAUUUCUUAUGGAAUUUAAUGAGAAACAUGCUAAAUUAUAUGAUGAGAGGGAAUUUAAAAAUAAAGAAAUGUCUUUGCAGCCUCAAACUGUGAUCAUAAAUCCAGAAAUAAAGAUUAUUGAUUAUAAAAAAGUUGUUUAUUCAGAAUCAUGUGGAAGUGUUAAAGGACUGUAUGCAGAUGUUCCUAGGUUUAAGUCGGUUCUUUUGAAAGGUUUGGAUGAAAGUGGAAAACCAAUUGAAUUAACCAGAAGUGGCUGGAUAGCUAGAAUAAUCCAACAUGAAAUGGACCAUUUAAAUGGCAUUUUAUACACUGACAUUAUGGAAAGAAAAUCAUUAACUUGUGGAUGCUGGAAUGUCAUUAAUGAAAGGGGUGGUAAAGUUGAAUUACCAUAUGGUCCUGUGUAAUAUAUUGAUAUAUUUAUAUAAAGAAAUUAAUUAGAUCAAAA